UUUUUUGAGAAUUUCAAUUUUUUUGCAAUGAAUUAUCCACAAACAAAUACCGUUCAUUAUCAUCUUUAUCGUAAAUCAUGUUCACCAGAUUAUUAUUCAAUAAUUGAUCAUUAUUUUGAACAUCUUGCCGUCUAUCUUAAUGGCUAUAUCUGGCAUAAUGAAUGUUUUCAUUUGAAACAGCAAAAAAAAUCUUUUGAUCAUCAAAAUAUCAUCGAUCAACAAUAUCUAUUUGGUCAAUGUAAUUAUGGUGAAAAUAUUGAAGAUGAAUGGUUCAUUGUAUUCUUAUUGAAAACAUUAACCGAAUUUGAUGAAAAUCUUUUCGUUCGUAUACAAGAUGAAGAUGGUGAAUUUCUUCUAAUUGAAUCGGCUGAACAUCUACCUGGAUGGGCACAAGAACCACAUCGUACAAUUGAUCGUGUUUUUAUUCACCGUGGAAAUAUUCAUCUAGUUUCAUCUAAAUAUGUGAAAAAAGAUUCAAAUGCUUUGAAUAAAUUUUCACUGGAUUGUAUCGAUUUCAUUCGAUCGAAUCCGAACAAGACCGAAUGUAAUGAAUCCAUACAGCAAUGUAUCCGAAAUCGAAUUAAAAUUUUUUCCCAUAAUCUGGAUAAAUUACAUCAUAAUGCACGUUGUUUGUUGCCUAUAUCAUUGGCCAUUCUACUUGAUCAUCAUCCUGAACUUAUCGCCGCUGCUGUUCGUGCAUUCUAUUAUCGUACACCAGAUGAUGUGAAAAUCAUUGGAACACAUCAGUUCUAUUCUUCGGAUAAUCAAACAGCAACAAUCAUUACGAAUGUUCGAUUUAAUCGUUGCCUUUAUGCUCAAUUAGUAUCACAAGAUGUAACUGAUGUCCGUAAAUUGUUGUUGUCAUCAUUAUCGAAUGAAGAUCGAAUUCAUCAGAAUGGAGCUAAAAUUAUUGCUGGUUUCGAAAUUUUACUGAAAAAUUAUCAACAUAUGAAAUCAUCACUGGAUAGUGAAAAUUUAGCAUCGGCAGCAAAACAUGUCCAUGAAUUUCUUACGAUCACUUUGACCGAUGAAUUGACCAGCAAAUUUUUAUACAAUAGAGAACAAAAAUCAUUACCAUCCGAAGAUGAUGAUGAUAGUUGGCUAAAUAUCGAUGAAGAACAAUUUGAUCGUUUAUUAAGUGUGAAAUUUAAUCAACAAAAACAACCAUCAUCAUCAUCAUCAUCAGCAACAAAGGAAGAAAUUGUCAAAAAUAUUCCUGAAACAUUGAUGAAAUUUUUUCAAAAUCAAAAUGCUGGCCUAGAUGGUGUUGAGCCGCCUCCACCAUCACCACUGCAACCGAAAGCUGCUAAUGAAUCAAAAUCAACAAAAUCGUUUGAUUUAAUCAAAGAAUUUAAUGAAAAAGAAUUUGUUGAAUUUAUGGAAAAAAUGGCUAUAUUGGAAUCUGAAGAUUAUUCAGAUAAAUCUGAAAAUGAUGACACCGAUACAGACGACGACGAUGAUGAUUCCAAUAAACUACCAGAAAUGGAAGCCUAUAUUGCCAAAAUGGAUAGUGAAUUAGCACAAACAAUUUUGGCAAAUAGUUUUGAACGAGCUCCAAAAGAAUUAGAUUCAGAUGAUGAUGAUGAUGACAAUGAAGAAAAUGAUCUCAAAUAUAAUGCAGUAUCCAAUAUAUUAUUGAAAAGUUUAAAUGAAGAAGUUGAAACAGCCGAUAGUGAUAUUGUAGGACCGGCAACAGCAUUGUUUGCCUACAUGAAUCAAUCAUUACCCGAAUUGAAAAUAAAUCCAAGUGACAAGAAAAAUUUACUAAAGAAAUAACGAUCAUCAAAUUCCAUUCGUUUUUGUGCCUUAAAAAUGGAUCGUUGUUUUUUCAUCUCUAAACGUCGUAUAGCAGCACGUUCACGAUCU